AUGCGCUACACCCUCGCAGCACUCACCCUCGCUGCUGCCCUCGCGGCCGCGCAGUCCAGCGACAGCGACACGUUCACCCGCUCGCUGACCACCAUCCCCGGCGGAGCAACCCCCAGCGCCAGCACGUUCGAGUACGGCCCGCCCAUCUGGCCCAACACGAAAGGCGCAACCACCAUCAACGGCACCCCAUUCCCGGUCGACGGCACGAGCACGACCUCCAUCGCAGAUCUCACAGGCACGCCCGGGCCAAGCAGCAGCGCGACAGCGGGUACGUCCGUAACGACGACGACGGCAACGGCGCCGGGUGGUGGACAAGCGACCUCGACGCACAGCGAGACGCCUCUCCCAUCUUCGUCGAGCCACUCGUCUAGCUCGAGCUCAGCUGCCGCCCCCGCGCCCGCAGCCUCGUCCUCCCACGCGCCUUCGGCAGCUCCUAAUGCAACCCAGUGCUCCCGGCUGUCCGGCACGCUGCUCGCCCUCGGCCUAUUCUGCGCCGCCGCCGUCGUCGUCGCGUAG